AUGGUGUUUUGCGAAGAGAUACGUUUUGUGGAAAAAGCUUACAAUAUUGUCCGAAAACAAAAGCUGGUGGUCAUAAUCGGUAGAAGCGGAUCAGGUAAGACUGCAACAGCAAGACACUGUGCGCUGAAACUUCAAAAAGAGGGAUGGCAAUUGGUACCCAUUGACGAUAUUAGAGAAAUAAAGAACGUACAAGCAAGGGGGAAAUGCGCAUUUAUAUUUGAUGACCCAGUAGGAAAUCUAGGCCUCGACGAAAGGAAAGUAUCGGAUUUAGAGAGGUGUCAUAGCGAUGUUUUGCAGCUUUUCAGACAUGAUGAUCAUAAAAUUAUAAUAACGUGUCGUAAAAUUGUAUACAAUGAAGCUAAGCAAUAUCAUAUCUUCGACAAUUAUAGCGUUGUUGAUAUUGAAGACAAAGACUGUCUUUUGAACCUAGGCGAAAAAAGAAAACUGUUACAAGCAUACGGUAUAGAGACUUUGGUUGAUUUGUCAUCAUUGGACCGGGUGGAUCUUAUGUUUCCCCUAAUGUGUUACAUGCUGUACAAGAAUAGUGGGGGGAUGUCCGCUACCUCCAAAGCAGUUUUAGAUCCCCGUGAUUAUCUUUUAAAACAAUUAGACAUAAUGAGUAAAUCAGAGGGGACUAAAACACUGUAUGCAUCUUUGGUGUUUCUCAUUAUAAACAACAACUGUUGUACAACAGAAGACUUAAAGAAAACAGAAAUAUUGGCCGAUAUAUCUAAAAAGUGCGGUAUUCAUGACCACCCUCCCUAUGGAAAAGAAAUACAAGAAAAACUGAAACAUUCCGAAAAUACCUAUGUAAUCAGAACAGAAUUUGGAUUCAAAUUUCUCCACGAAUCUCUUUUUGAAAUUGUAGCAUUUCAUUUCGGACGUGAUGUCGAUAACCAGGCUUUGAUUCUUCAGCAUUUAAACAUAGAAUUUUUAGCCAAAAACACUUACCUUGAAAGCAGCGGAGACACCAGUGCAGAGAUGGGUAUUAAAAUUCUUCCCAAAAAUUUCAAAAUACUAGCCCAGCGAUUAUUUCUUGAUCUUCAAGGCAUAGUUACACUAAAUGUGCAAACUGGCACACUCAAUUCCAUAUUUUCUAACAAAUGUUGGAGAGUCGAUGAAUUUGUCGGGAUGUUCUUUUCAACCAUUGGUAAAAAGACCGUCGUUGAGCUAUUUUCAAAAUCAUACCAAAUAUUGCAAGAAAAAACAAUAUCAAGAGAGCAAAAACGAGGAAGUGCAUAUUUAGAAAAACAAGAAUUUAUAAUGGGAAAUCACAGUGGUAGAGAUGCAGCCAAGAUAACUGAUGGAAGUAAAAUAAGACUUAUUGACUGGAUUAUUUGCAACGGACAUCUACCGUUUGUUCAUGCUUUCCUACCUAAGUCAAAGAAGUUUCCUACAUGGAUGUCCAGCCCACUGAUAGGAAAUAAGCGACUUUUUUGGCUUUCUAUAUAUAGUACAGAGAGGGAUAUGUUUGAAUUCACAUUAUCAAAUUUGACGAAACAUCAAAUUGACGAAAGUAUUAAUACACCAUAUCAUUCGUAUCAUACCCCACUGACCCUUGCUUGUUCACUCAAUGCAUUUGAAAUUGUAAAACUUCUAGUAGAAAGGGGUGCAAUCAUUGAGAAAUGCAACAAUAGAGACGAACUCCCGUUACUAAUUGCUCUUAAAAGUGGGUCAGAGGAAAUUGUCAAAUAUCUGCUGCUUAACCGAGCUCUAGUUAAAGGCAGUUUUGAAUGUGUUUGUCCAUUUUAUUUUGCAAGUACAGGUGUGAAUGAAGGUAUUUUCAGAUUACUUUUAUGCAACUGCGAUUGUUCAUCGACCUGUCACGAUGGAAAAACACCUUUACACCUUGCAGUACAAUAUGGAUUUGAUGAUAUAUCUGAGAACUUGGUUUUUCAUGGUGCUGAUGUCAAUUCCAUAGACGAACUGAAAGAGACACCUCUGCAUAUUGCCUGCUCAAACAAUAAUGAAAAAAUUGUUAAAUUGCUAGCAGAGAAAGGAGCAAAUUUCCACAUUCGCAACAACAGUAAUAUGUUACCUUUACAAAUUGCUGUAAUAAAUGGUUUUGAGGACCUUUUACUAAACCUACUACUUGAAUUUCCUCUUCAAGAGUUUAAAUCAGCAAUCAACGGUUGCUACAUAGAAAGUGUUGCACACGAUCAGGGUUCCUUACAAUCUGCUGCAACCUACGGUGCUGACGGAAUUUUGCAGUAUCUCUUUAGGAAAUUUUCGUCCGAAAAUCUGAGAAAGUUUUUGAGGAGAUGUGAAAUUGGAAGUAUUAUCGUUGAUGGCAAGACGUCGUUACACCUUGCAGUUGACUAUAGAUUUUCUGAUGAAGUUGAAUGCUUAAUUCAUCGCAGUUCUGACAUAAAUGCAACAGAUGUUAAGAAGGAAACUCCAUUGCAUAUUGCUUGUUCCAAGAAUUACCCAAGUAUUGUUAAAUUGUUAAUAAAAGAAGGGGCUAAUAUAGAAAUGCUCAAUUCUGCAAACGAAUCCCCUGUGUGUAUUGCUAUGAAUAAUGGUUUACAAGAUAUUUUACUGUGUUUUAUGUUAACAAGUCCUUUUCAGAAAUUCAAAUCCUUGCUGCAAAAAUGUAGCAUCGAAAAUAUGCACAGAUCUAACAUAAAUCUAUUUAACGCUUGGUCCGUAAAUGGAUUUGAAGGAGUGAUGCAAUAUCUAUUAAAGUGCUGUCCUGUUGAAAAUUUCAGAUUACUAUUUAAAAACAACGACUUUUCAUCAAAAUCAACUCCUUUACAUCUUGCAGUAAAAAGAGGAUUAAUAAACGUUGCUGAAAGCUUAAUUGAUUAUGGGUGUAACGUGAACGCGGUAGAUGAAGGAAAUCAAACACCGCUGCAUAUUGCUUGCUCACUGAAUGAUAUAAAGUCUGUCGAAUUACUUGUAAAAGCCAAUGCUCACAUAAUUAUGUCUGAUUUGAAUAAUGAAUCCCCUGCAUGCGUUGCUGCUAGACUUAGAUUCGAGAAUAUAGUUAUAUACCUUUUGGAAAAUUGCUCUGCUGAAAACUUGAAAUUGUUAUUGGAAAAAUGUGAAACUACGAGUACGUUUUACAAAGGCAAGACAUCUUUACAUAUCGCAGUGGAGUAUGGAUAUAAUGAAGUUGUGGAAAAGUUAAUUACUCGUGGUGCCAAUGUAAACGCUAGAGAUGAAAAUGGCGAUACGCCAUUACACUUUGCCUGCGCUCACAAUUUUAGAAAUAUCGUUCAAAUCCUUUUAAAAAAGGGGGCAGAUGUAGAAAUGUACAAUUCUAACAACGAAUCGCCCCUGUUCAUGACUAUAGAGAAGGGCUCUGUUGAGAUAUUACAAUAUUUCAUGUUGACAACUCCCCAUCAAAAGUUCAAAUUAUUGCUGGAGAAGUGUAAUAUAGAAAAAUUAUCUAUAUCUCCAGAAUCUCCCUUAAUUGUUGCUCUUCGGAAAGGACCAAAUAAAACUGUCCAAUAUCUAUUGAAGAGUUGUCCAAUUAAAAAUCUCAAGUUACUUUUUGAUCAUUCUUUUACCAACUAUCUAAGUGCAAAAACACCUUUGCAUGUUGCAAUAGAAAGGGGAUUGAUUGAAGUUGCAGAGAGCCUGAUUCGUCUUGGUGCAAACGUUAAUGCAAUUGAUGAAAUUGAUCAGACACCGCUGCACUUAGCUUGCUCUCGAAAUGAUAUAAAGACUGUUAAGUUAUUAGUGAAAGAGGGCGCAAAUAUUUUUAGCUAUAGUGCAAAUGAUGAAACACCGAUGAGUUUGGCUGCAAAAAACGGUUUGGAGGAAAUAAGCCAAGUUCUAUUCAAACAUUGUCCUCCAGAAUACAGAAAAAUACUUAAAAAACUGUAACCAGAAAACAGUAACUGAAAAUCGUACUGCCUAAAACACAUUGAAUUCCAUGCACUUAAUAAAACAAUCCCAUCACCAUAUGACCAAUAUAGUACUGAAAGUCUCAGAGCUUACUGAUAAAAGUUUCACAACUACUAGAAUUGUUCUGCUGUCGUUUGUAAAUGCUGAUGUUUACCGGUAUAUUUACUGUGGUUACCGAAAAUCAAGUCACAGUUGUUUCUGAAAAGCACUGUCGUUUUACGAUUCGCUUUGCCGAUUCUGAUGAAUACUGUUGAAAAUGUUUUCGAUGAUGAAAAUUAUUGAGAUUCACGAAUGUAUUGUUCUUUGAUGGAACACAUCUGAAAUAACCCUUACGUUAGAAAAAUGUAAGUAAAGA